CAUUCGGAAAAAAAAACGUUUCUCAUAUCACAAAUCAAACCCGUUUUGCACAAUUCCAAAAUGAACUGACCAGUGACUGCAUGAUAGAUUGAACUUGUGAUGUAUGACAAGGUCGUAACCUUAAUACAGGUCAGUUAUAUGUGCAGUGGGGGGUGGCACGGACUAAUUUGGGCAAAAUGUAAGCGUCGGAAGAAUGUCUUCAUUUGGAAUAAACAACCGCAGGCCUAGAGUCAUACAAACCGAAGAGAGCUCUGGAGAGUUGUUCCCCUUAUCGCAAACGUUGCCUUUGUAUCUUCAUCUAUAAGUACUAGUCUUCCUUGUUCUGAACACGAUUGGAGGUGGACUGGCGUUCAGAUAAGGUAUUAACAAGAGCCAUGGGCAAAAGAGGAUCGGCGAAAAAGAAACCCAUCUGGCGUCGGAGUAUGCUGUGUGCCGAGGAACUCAAGACAGACACAGUGUUAACAAAGACAGAAACGGCGAGGGCUGGUCCCAUCGUCGAUGCUGCUGCGCCAACAUUCCCCAAAGGUUACGAGAUGAGUAAGGUCAACGUUGAUAUCCUUCCACGUCAAAGUGUCCAAGUACCCAUCCAUUUUGUUGUUCUGCUGACGGUGUUCCUCCUGAGCGCGUUCCUGAUCUUCUGCCGGGGCAGUCGCGCCAAGUCGGCGGGCUCAAAGUCAUCCAAGGCCGCCCAUUCACGUCGAUCCUCCGGGGCAACCAGCACGAAUAACGUCGCUUCUAGAGCCGUGAAGAAAGUGACCUCGGAUAAGGGAAAGAGCUUAGACGUAUCUAAUGAUAAGAAACCUAUCAAAAGAAGUAUUAGCAACGGAUCAAACAAGAAAGUCAUCUGAACAUUGAAUUCUUUAAUAUAUUUGGU